AAAUUUUUGUACGAAAGUCGUAAUAGAAGCCUUCGGACGAAAAACCAUUUAGAUGUAAGAAUACUCUACAGUAUACACUGUUCUAUCAAGCACUGUACCAUGUUUGAAAUAAUUAUUUUGGGGAUAGAGAUACGGAACAAAAACCCACUUCAGAUGAUGAUCGUUCAUCCUCUAUGCCACAACGCUGUUUAAACAAUAAAUUAAAUCGUCGAUGUCGUAUGCUCUCAAAAUUUGACUCAAAUUCAAUGAAUUUUGAUGACUGUAGCUAUUUCCCAGACUCAUUUCUGAGUUUACAGUCCGAUGCAAUAUUUAUCAUUGGCGAUUUUAAAAUCAUUCAUUCUGCUACCAAACCGGAAUCAGCGACUGCAGCUAGUGAAUGCAAGGUUUCGGUACAAACUUCAAAGUACAGCUCCACUUGUGCUGUCAGAUUCCAGAAAGGUAGACGAGCCGACUACAGAGGAACUUGUUGACUAGACACCAUCUAACUUAUCGCAAAGGAGUCCAAUAACCGACGGAAAUCCACGUCAGUAUGAUACAAGUCAGACCGGAUCCAUAUUGCAAUUAGCAGCCAGUAAAACGCUAGUAGACUGUACAUUUUUAGGAUAAAAGUGUAAAGUAAAGUAUUCGUUUAGAAAAAGUAAUGAACUCGACUGUUUUCUGAAUAAUUUUUGAUAUAAUACAGAUGGAGACCCCCAGUUACUGCCAUUCUACAGACAAUCCUUUGAAGAUACAGAUUUUGAAAAGACGCUUUCCAGCAAAGAAAUUCAGUUUGGUAAAACUUGAAAAAAAUUUUGAUAGAGAGCUCGGAGUAUUCGCUUCAAAAUCACGAUCAGGCGUCCACUUCAUAUCUCAAAGUUUGACAGCAUAGUUUGAAUCGAUCAAUCAGUUCUGCUGGCGACUGCCCAUUUAUUUCAUGGCUUUGUAUCUUUGUCGAAAACAGUUUGAAAAGUUAGUAAAAAUUUAAAUUGUACAAAACAAUCCUGUUUUGGGUAGUUUUAAUUAAAAUUAAAAAAUCCAUUAGCAAUCUCAAAAUCGAGCUAAACGCCUCGAUAUAUCAGGAUAUACUCACUAUUCAAUACUUACAAUAAUAAGAAAGCUCAUUAACUGAAAAAGUUCUAUAGAUUAAUUAGUUCUCUACACACUUUUCUAGAAAAGUUUUAAAACAACAAGAUAGUUUACCUAGCUCAAGCGAAAAAUCUGUGUAAACGUGAAUAAUGAUCUCAGUUCAACAUUUCUGCAGGAAACCUCUUUUGAAAAUAUGUAUAAUACCUUUUUAAUUUUUCACUUAUAGACAACUGUUCGUCUAUGCUGUUCAUGGAGAUUUUGAAUCCAUUAAAAAACUAUUAUUACAAUCGCAUUAUCGAGAAGUUGUGCUCAUGCGAGACGAACAUGAUCAGACACUGCUACAUAUUGCGAUCAUUCACUCAUUUUCGUACGUUUAUAUUCGGCUAUUACGUAUGAGAGACAGUGACCCUUGUGCUCAAGAUCAAGAUGAAUAUACGCCUGCUCAUUAUGCCGUCGAACGCGACGAUGUUGAAAUGUUAAAGACGCUGACUGUUCGAUUCCAUGCAAGGAUUAAGGUACUUUCAGAUAAUGAAGUCAAUCGUACCCAUAAAAAUUGUCAACGAGCAUUGAUUGUGAGAACGAAUCGUGGGAAAAUGACUGCAUUUAUGUUAGCAUGCUAUAAACAAGCGAUCAAUUGUGCACGAUACAUACACCAGACGCGGAUGGAUCAUGCUAAUACACAGGACAUCGACGUUGAUGCUGCUUUGCAUUACGUAGUGGCUCGAAAUAAUAUGGAAUUGACCCUUUUUUUAAUUGCCGAAUGUAAUGCUGAUGUAAACGGAGAUGAUCCUACCCGCCCUAGCCCACUUGAUGUAGCCAUGUUCAACGAUUUCACUGAAAUCAAACAAAUUUUAUUAGCCAACAAUGCCACUUCGCGAUGUCAAAUAACACGAAUUGCUAAUAAACCUAACAAUCCGCAACCGAUGAUUGAUGUCAAAUUUGAAAGUUUAUCGCUUGACACUCCUACUGCCUACUAA